AUGAAUACCGCUCACACGAUUAUUGAUGUUCAUAAUGGGAAGAUCACCAUGCAGUUCGAUGGCGAGACCAUUCACUUCAACAUCUUUGAAGCCAUGAGGUAUCCUAGCAAUAUUUCUCCAUUGUAUCGGGUCGAUGUGAUUAAACCAAUCACCCAACAACUAUUCGAGUUAUCAUAUGGAGAUAUUUUGAAGAUGGUGCUCAACUUGAGUCUUGAUUGUGAAAGUUUGAAGAAAACAUUGGAUAUGUACACAUUGGACUCCGAAGUUGAAGAGAUUGUGAAGAUUUUAGAAGUUAACAAUUCCACAAAGAAGGAUAUUUCUCAAGUUUCCUUAUCUCAUUCUCCAAACAAGAUGCCCCCUUCAAUAAUCCAACCACCCACACUUGAAUUGAAAGUUUUUCCUAGCCAUUUGAAGUACGUUUAUCUAGGUCAAGACAAAUCUCUUCCGGUGAUCAUCUCCUCUCAAUUGAAAGACUUUGAAGAAAAUCAAUUGGUUGAAGUAUUGAAGGAACAUAAAGAAGAAAUGGGAUGGACGAUAGCGGAUAUCAAGGGGAUAAGUCCUAAUAUUUGCACUCACAAGAUCCUCAUUGAAGAUGAUUGUAAACCUAGAAGAGAAGCUCAACGACGAUUAAAUCCUCCCAUGAUGGAAGUUGUUAAGAAAGAAAUCAUCAAACUCCUUGAUGCAGACAUAAUUUACCUGAUUUCCGACUCCAAAUGGGUUAGUCUGGUCCAAGUGGUUCCCAAGAAAACGGGAAUCACAGUUGUACAGAAUAACAAGGGCGUAAUGGUACCCACUCGAGUUCAAAAUGGAUGGAGGGUAUGCAUUGAUUAUAGAAAGUUAAAUUCAAGCACACGAAAAGAUCAUUUCCCUCUUCCUUUCAUCAACCAAAUGCUAAAGAGAUUGGCGGGAAAAUCGCACUAUUGUUGCCUCGAUGGAUACUCGGGUUUUCAUCAAAUACCCGUUGCACCCGAAGAUCAAGACAAGACGACCUUCACAUGCCCCUUUGGUACGUUUGCCUACAAGUGGAUGCCAUUUGGAUUAUGCAAUGCCCCUGCCACAUUCCAAAGAUGCAUGGUGAGCAUUUUUUCCGAGUAUGUAGAGAAUAUAAUUAAGGUAUUUAUGGACAACUUCACGGUGUAUGGCAAUUCAUUUGAUGAAUGCUUGGAUAAUCUUAAGAAGAUUUUAAAAAGGUGCAUUGAGAAAAAAGUUAGUGUUAAACUUUGA